AGCCAUAGCACGUCCAUCUCUUCUCUUCAAUCAGGUAGACUGCUUCAGGCAACGCCAUUCUCAAAUAUAAUAGGCUAAUGCAUAGCCUACACAACACUUUCUCAUUGAAGUGUUGCUAUCCUCUAACCUAGACGACAGAUAAUGCUGAAACUAAAAGAUAUGAUGAUCACAGUGCAGAAUAACUAAAACAACACUCAGCUAUGAGUCCGCCACGUCGUUUGUUAUGAAACGGACACAUUUUGGACUGGAUUGCUUCUCUGGUCGCCCAAUGAAAUAGCGCAACCCCGUCCCGCCCCCCAUGUCCUAAUGUCAUAGCCCUCCAUCCAAUCGAAGAGGACGCGGCAGAGACUCGGCUGCCUGUCAGUUUCUCCCCGGCUCUGAGCUCCUGAGCGCCCGGCGAUGCAGUGCUGUUGAUCCAGGUGUGAGUCUUGAAGGUUAAUCGGACGGACAGAUCGUCUGCUAUUGCUGGAAAAGCAUCCUGUCCUGCUAAUGUUCCAUCAUCAGCUUGGUUCUAAUCAUCACCUCCAGGGGGUUCUACACAGACCAACAUGCUGCACUUCACUGUGCUCCUCUGCCUCCUGUCCCUGACUCUCACUUCCUCUGAUGCAUCAGUGUUCGGAGGGGAACCUGGCUUCUACUCAGACGAUACUACAGGUUACGGGCCGGUGUUUGAGGAUCAGCCGGUUGACACCAUCUACCCCGAGGAGUCACCUGAGGCCAAAAUCACCAUGAGCUGUCGAGCACGAGCCAACCCACCUGCCACAUACACGUGGAGAUUAAACAGCAGGAAUAUAGAUCAGGAUGAAGACAACCACUACACGUUGGUGGGAGGCAACCUGGUCAUCUCUAACCCCAUCAAGAACAAGCACGUUGGGAAGUACACCUGUAAGGCCACCAACGACUACGGCACUGUGGUCAGCAGAGAGGCCGCUGUCCAGUUUGGAUACCUGGACUUCUUCUCCUCUGAGGAGAGAGAGGCGGUGUAUGUGAAGGAGGGCCAGGGGGCAGUGCUGCUCUGCGCUCCUCCCCCACACUACCCAGACGAGCUGUCAUUCCGCUGGAUUCUGAAUGAGUUCCCCGUCUUCAUCCCUCUGGAUAAACGUCGCUUCAUCUCUCAGACGACGGGGAACCUCUUCAUCUCUAAGGUGGACUCGUCUGACAGCGGAAACUACUCCUGCUUUGUCUCCAGUGCCUCCAUCUCCAAGAGCGUCUUCAGCAAGUUCAUCCCCCUCGUCCCCCUGGCAGAACGCCCAAUAAGGAAGUACCCUGCUGAUAUCAAAGUCAAGUUCCCAGACACCUUUGCACUGGUGGGCCAGAACAUCACACUGGAAUGCUUCGCCCUGGGAAACCCCAUCCCUCAGAUCCACUGGAGGAAGAUGGAUGGAGAGCUGCCGGCCAAUCAUGAAGUCAGCUUGGCAGGAGCCCACCUCCAACUGUACCACGUGCAGUAUGAGGACGAGGGGACGUACGAGUGUGAGGCCCUCAACUCCAAAGGGAAGGACUGGCACCGGGCUCGGGUCUCUGUAGAAGCCUUCCCAGAGUGGACAGAGUCCAUCAGCAGUACAGAGCGGGACAUCAGCAGUGACUACUCCAUGUCCUGUGAGGCCAGCGGCAAGCCCAAGCCCCACGUCCACUGGCUCAAGAACGGCUACUCGUACGAUAAGCAUGAUCUGAAGUUCAGAGGGCUGACGUUUGAGGACUCUGGGAUGUACCAGUGUAGAGCGGAGAAUCGCCAUGGAGUCGUCUAUGCUGACGCAGAGCUGCGUGUGAUUGCGUGCGCCCCUACGUUUGAGCAUAACCCAGUAAAGAGGAGGAUCCUGGGGGCUAAGAACGGCCGUGUGGUCCUAGAGUGUAGACCCAAAGCUGCUCCCAAAGCCUCCUUGUCCUGGAGCAAGGGUUCUGAACUACUCUUCAACUCCAGCAGGAUGUUAAUCUGGGAGGAUGGUAGUCUGGAGAUCCUGAAUGUGACCAGGGCAGACGAGGGGCGCUACACCUGCUUCGCUGAGAACGACCGGGGCAAGGCCAACAGCACAGGCUUCCUCUCUAUCACAGAGGCCACUAAGAUCACCUUGGCUCCGUCCAACGCGGACGUGACGGCGGGCGAGAGCGCCAGCAUGCAGUGUGCCGCAUCACAUGACUCAACGCUGGACAUCACGUUUGUCUGGACCAUGGACGGCCGCUCCAUCGACUUCGACCGGGACGGAUCCCACUAUGAACGCAACCCGAAUGGAGGUUCCAGUGGAGAGCUGAUCAUCAAGAACACCCAGCUGAAUCACUCUGGACGUUACACCUGCACCGCUCAGACCCCUGUGGACAACGUCUCCGCAUCCGCUGACCUGGUCGUCAGAGGUCCCCCUGGGCCUCCAGGUGGGGUACGUGUGGAGGAGAUCAGGAACAAGAGUGUCCGUCUGAUCUGGAGCAGGGGAGCAGACAACCACAGCCCCAUCUCUAAAUACACCGUCCAAUGCCGGGACUGGUUCUCCCAGGAAGACUGGAGAGAUGCCACCACAUCCCCUCCGGAUGUGGAAGGCAAUGCAGAGACAGCCACCGUGGUGGACCUGUUUCCCUGGACAGAGUAUGAGUUCAGGGUGAUAGCCACCAACACCCUGGGGACAGGAGACCCCAGCAGCCCCUCUCCCAAAGUCACCACGUUGGAGGCAGUUCCCGUGGUGGCGCCCUCAGACAUUGGCGGCGGUGGCGGGACCAGCAAGGAGCUGACCAUCACUUGGACGCCGGUGCAGCCGCAGUACUACUACGGCCGCAACUUUGGCUACAUCAUCGCCUUCAAGCCCCACGAUGUCUACGACUGGAUGAAGGUGACUGUGGCAGACCCUGAGGCUAAACACUACGUCCACAAAGACUCAUCCAUCCCCGCCUCCACAGAGUUCCAGGUCAAAGUCAAGGCUUUCAACAGCAAAGGAGAAGGACCCUAUAGUCUCACGGCUGUUAUCUACUCUGCACAAGACGUGCCAUCCGAAGCCCCUACCAGUGUGGAGGCGAGGGCGCUGUCUGCCUCUGAGGCCAUUGUGUGGUGGCUCCCUGUCACCCAGCACACUGUUGAAGGAUACCAGGUGCGGUACUGGAGGAAAGUGGAGGACAGAGAGGCGUCCAGUCAGAGGGUGGUCGUGUCCAGCAGAGAGAACCAGACAAGGUUGGAGAACAUGAGGCCAAACUCCCCCUACCUCAUAGAGGUCAGGGCCUACAAUGCAGCCGGAUAUGGACCCCCCAGCCAUCACUUCCAGAUCUACACCAAAAAAGCCCCCCCAAGCCGGCCUCCUAAAAUAAUCAGUAAAAAGCUGAAAGGAACGUCAGUGAACAUCGCCUGGGAACAUGUCGAACCCUUGGCCAACGAGUCAACAAUAGAUGGAUACAAGGUCUUGUACAGGAAGGCUGGCCUCUCCACAGGUAUACUGUAUACCACAGGGAAGCGAUCCAUAGACCUGCCCAUGCCAAGGGACGGGGACUGCGUAGUGGAGGUCAGGGCCCAUAGUGAGGGAGGAGAUGGGGCUGUGGCCCAAGUACGCAUCUCAGGUGGAGCCGUCAUGGUCACCCAGUCCCUCAGCCUGGCCUCUCUGCUCCUGGUGACGAUGUUUUGCCUGCUGGCCCUCUGAAUGUAGUGCAUCUUUCUCUGUCUACACUGCCCAGUCCAGUAAAGGAGACUCUGUGAGGUUGACGCCUAUGAUGACUUUGGUUCCCACAAUCUUUGGUUUCACCCUGAAGGCCAAAGGCUCGUGUUCCCACCUCGAGGAAUAGGGCUUUGUUUGUGGGGGAAAAACACAAUAAGAAAUGUGUAUAAAGGACAAAGAAUGACAUCUGGAAUAUCUCUUAAAUCAUCCCUACAAUAUCUUUGAAGGAGGAGCGUCAAAAGGAAGUCUUUCAACUUUUUCAAUAUGCCUUAUAUGUAAACAGUUACACUUAUCUUUCACAAUGCCAUGACUUGCUCCUAACUGGGUGAGGUGUGAGUGCUCAAGUAGUGCACAACGUUUGUAAGUAACUGUUUUCAAAUAUAUUGUGACAAGGGCCUUUCUUGUUCAUUCGUAAAGGUGCAGUAGCUUGGAAGUGUGUGUUUCAUUUCAUGUAGGACAUUAUGAAUCAUCAAUACAACGUUUGCGUUCCAUAUAGAAAGCAUAAGCUAAGCAGGUGAUAUAGUUGUGAGGGAUAAGUCUACAAGUUUACGAAAUUGUCUUUAUAUUUCAAUUGCAUUUCAGUGGCUUUUUCUUAGUAUUUUUAGAUAUAUUUUUGUUCAAGGUGAAACAUACCCUCCUCCCCUUACAGAGAUAGUCAAAUCAAAUCUCUACUCAAGGUCCUUGGCAUACAUCAGAGUUUUAUUAUCAAACAUCAGACAAAAGAGGAAUUUAUGUCAUGCUAAUAUAAUAUAUGCAAUAACGUUUAUGGUUUUGCCAUCUCACAAGUACAUAUAGCAUACUAUUAACGCUGUAACAUCGUUGUUCCGAGAAACAUUGAUUUUAUCUCCCCAAAAAAACAUGCUUAUUUCCAACUGACAACAUUCUCUAAAUUAAUGGGAGACCAGUUUGCAAGUGUUUGCAUGUAUCUGAAAGAGUUUACUGACAAAACAAGAUACACUUCUUAGCCGGAGUGAUGCCUGCAUCUUUAGCACAUGUACAUGUGUGUUUGUAAAGUUGAAUGUAUUGAAUAACUGUGGAAAUGAGCUUUAAAACAUAUCAGACCUGCAGUUUCUAACAUGAUAUAUACAAUGUGUGACAGUGGUGCAUUUGGUUUGGUUGUCAGGACACCCAGCUGUCCUGUGACCGUCGUGUGUCCAAUGUUGUUAAAGUGUCCAAUUGGAGGAACCAUGAUUAAACUGAGUUUGGAAUCAUAAAUAGAAUUCUAGAAUGGGGAUUUGCCAUUCUUUUUGUCCUGUACUUAGGAUUCUGUUGCUCUGGUUGGAAUAUAUAUCUAUAUAUCCCAUGGAAGAGUUGAGCACAACAAGUUGUUUGUUUUGACUGUAUCGUUAAGACUUCCGUGGUAGACUAUAAAAUGCUGGUGCUUUGUAAAGAAUGUUGCCAUCUUUUUCAUGUCUUAACUCUUUUAUAUGUUUUCAUAUCUUUAUUAUUCAAUGUCUCAGUGUGAGUCGCAGUGCUAACAGUUCUGCAGUAAUACACACUCGGUCCAGUAACAUUACAAUGUCUGUCUGAAUCUUCAAAUCGUUCUUUCUAUUUUAUUACAUAUAACACAACCUGCCUAGCGCCUAAAACAGUUAUGCUGUUAUCGCGUAUCAUUGUCUAUAAAGUGGUGCAAAGCACAGGAGAAACAAAAUCAAUAUCUGAGAAUAACCAUGCGAAGCUCAUACAUUUGUCCUACUAUUUUUGCAACAUUGUUUUGUAUUUUUAUCAAUAACAUGAGUGUGAUCAGAGUUAUACUGUAUACAGGAUGCAUUAUCAAUUGGUGUUGUUGUUUUUGUUUAUGUUUGUGAUUAAUAUAUUUCAUCCUGAUGACCCACCACUGGUUCAACAGUAGAUGUUUAUUACGAUCAUGUACCACGGAAAAUUCUGUGUUUUUGAUUGCUCUGCGAAUACAUGUUCAGUGUGACUGAGUGAUGCUAGCCAUUCUUCUACCAGCUCUGGUCCACGGAGAUACGUGUGGCUUGCUAACGCAAGGCUCAGGUAGCUCCCUGGACCAGAAGCUAUGCUUCUUCUAUAUACAUUGUGACUAUAUCAACAAAACAUCCACCACAAAGUGCUUUCCCAGUUUCCCCUCAUGCAACAAAUCAUCGAAAGAGUUGCCAAAUGCAUGACUGCCUUGAACUUAUUUGUUAUUUCGAAGGAAACGGUUGCUAAGAAAACGAUUGCUAUGGAAACGGUUGCUAUUACUACAUCCUCUAACAUGCAUGACAUUGGAAACGAAUGGUAUAGGCCUGUACGGUAAAAAAAAACUCCAUCCAUACAUUGCAAUGAGUCAACGUACAGUCAUACAUCAUUCAGGCAACUUCCAAUCGGCUUCAUAUGAACUCAACUGCCUUUGUGGUAAACAAUAAUAAACAUUCAUUCCGUCAUGAGUGAAAUCCCUUUAUGUCAGAGACUGUAUAAUGUAUGCAUACUGUACUUACUCUAGAUAAGCCUAACAUGUCCGUUAGUUGCCUCAAGCCAGUCAUCUCAAGGGGAAGUCUAUGUAGGGCAGUUUGUUGUAGUUGUAAAAUGACAAAACCUUUCAAUAAAUGACCAGAUUUUUUUCCAUCGUAAUGGGGGUUAAAAACCUUAA